AUGACGGCACGAUGCGAGCAAUGGGGCGGCAAAGGCCCCCGCGAGAACCUGUUCCUGAGUUCCGACAUUCCUAAACCGACCCCCAAGUCUGGCGAGGCCCUCGUAAAGGUCAAGGCUUUUGGCAUCAAUCGCAUGGAUCAAAUCCAACGCAACGGCGCAUAUCCCCUACCCCCCGGUGUUUCCAGCAUUCUCGGCGUCGAGUUCAGUGGCACCGUCGAUUCCCUGGCCGGCGAGGGUACCGACACCUCCCGCUUCAAGGUCGGCGACGAGGUCUUUGGUCUGGCAUAUGGCGGCGCGUAUGCCGAAUACGUCGCCGUCGACGUGGGCAUGCUGAUGCCUAAGCCAGCUUUCCUCUCCUGGGAGCAGGCUGCUGGCGUCCCCGAGACUUGGAUCACGGCCAUCCAGGCCUUGCAUGUUGUCGGUGAGUUCCAGCCUGGCAAGGCCGUGCUGUGGCACGCCGGCGCUUCGGGCGUCUCCAUCGCCGGCAUCCAGCUGAGCUUAGAUGCCGGCGCCGGCGCAGUCUAUGCGACAGCCGGUACGGAGGGCAAGUGCUCUUUCAUUACAGGCACGUUAGGAGCAACCAAGGCUUUCAAUUACAAGACCGAGGAUUGGGCAAAAGGGAUCAAGGAUGCGACUGGUGGGAACGGGGUGGACCUUGUCGUCGACUUCAUCGGCGGAGGCGACUACUUCACCAAGAACAUUGAUGUCACUGCCAGGGAUGGCAGGAUCGCCAUGCUCGGCAUGAUGGGAGGUGGCAUAGUCGAGAAUCUCGACAUCCGGCCCAUCCUGUUUAAGAGGGUGCGGAUUGAGGGCACGACUCUGCGGAGCAGGACUCUCGAAUACCAGGGAAAGCUACGAGAGAAGCUCGAGAGCUACUUGCCCGAUUUUGAGAACGGCAAGCUGAAGGUGGUCAUUGACACCGUUCUGCCGUGGGAUCAGAUCCAGAAAGCUCAUGAAAUCCUAGAGGGUAACCAGAACUCGGGCAAAAUCGUGUGUACCAUUUCAUAG